GUUGAGUUGACCCUAUUCCCUCAUGCUAUCAACAUAGCGGGUGGAGCCUUUGUACACUUCCAGGUCAGCGCCAUAUUUCCAACCGGAGCUUUAAUUCCAAGUGUAUUUUAACCAGGAGUUCCAACCAAGGGGGCCUCAUUCAUCAAAACCAACUCUCACUCGGCUGCGCGUAUUCAAACCUCGGAAGCUUAUUUUAGCAACGUCAAGGAAGAAGGCAAGAAAUAAGAAACAUGGGAUUUGCUUUCCAGGAGGCGUUGAGAAAUUGGCACUAUUUAGUGAUCGUGCUUGUGCCUAUCAUAUUCUGUCCUGUUCCCAUUGUAUUCAACAAUUCGAUUGGUCACAUGGCCUACUGCAUAAUCAUCAUGGCGCUUUAUUGGAUGACGGAAUGCCUUCCUUUGGCUGCUACAGCCCUCCUCCCUAUCCUUCUCUUCCCGCUCUUUGGUAUCCAGAAGUCAAAAGAUGUUUGUAGUAACUAUCUCACAGAUACCAACACUGUCUUCUUCGGGGGUUUGAUGGUGGCUGCAGCUGUGGAACACUGGAACCUGCACAAGCGAAUCGCUCUCCGAGUUCUGAUGCUUGUUGGUGCUAAACCUAGAUGGUUGAUGUUCGGCUUCAUGUUGACCACGGCUUUCUUGUCGAUGUGGAUGAGCAACACGGCAACGACUGCGAUGAUGAUCCCAAUUGCUCAGGCUGUCCUUAACGAACUCAAAUCUAAUAAACACGACGCCGAGAUGGGCAAUGAUGUCGGGAAGGAUUCAAAAGAAGAGAAAAAACUUGAUGAAAUUCAACUUGAUGAAAUUGCAGCUGAUCACAUUGUUGAAGACUCAAACUCACACCCGUCGGAGAGCAAAAAGACACAUCUGCUCAUCGAAGAACCCCGCGGUGAGAAAGGAUACCGUUUACUCUGCAAGGCCAUCACUCUGUCCAUACCGUAUGCCGCCAACAUUGGUGGCACAGCUACCCUGACAGGAACCGGGCCUAAUCUGGUCAUCAGUACACAGGUUGAAACACUCUUUGGUUCCGAGGCUGGUCUUAAUUUUGGUACCUGGAUGAUGUAUGCAUUCCCUGGCAUGGUUGUCUGUCUUAUCAUCUGUUGGAUAUGGCUACAGAUCAUGUACCUCGAUUGUUUUUGUCUGAAGAGAAGUGAUAGCAAAAUUGGGAAAGAACAGGAAGAGAAAGCGAAGAUGGUGAUCCGCAGAAAUUACGCAGAGCUUGGUAGAAUGUCGUUUGCGGAAUGGGCUAUUCUUGGUCAUUUCGUGGUCCUAGUCGCUCUUUGGCUGACAAGAGAUCCCAAGUUUGUCAGUGGCUGGUCAGUAGGCUUCCUAAAUGGGUACGUCACGGAUGCUACGUCAGUUAUAUUCAUCUCCUUGCUCCUCUUUGCCUUCCCUUCAAGGCUUCCUACAUUUUUGUGCCGAAGAAAUCGAGAUGGCGAUGAUGGACUAGAAGAUAAAAAGCCAGUGAAGAUUACCCCUAUUCUAACGUGGCCUGUUAUACACGAGAAAAUGGCUUGGAAUGUUAUUAUUCUUCUUGGUGGUGGAUCGGCCUUAGCUGAUGGUUGCAAGGUAUCAGGACUCUCCGCUUGGCUCGGAGCCCAAUUCUCGGUAUUUUCUUCACUGUCUCCUUCGGUAAUGGCUAUUAUCAUCUCAACAAUCGUAGCUAUCUUCACAGAGAUCACAAGCAACACAGCUACCGCUACUAUUUUCCUACCCAUCUUUGCUGAAUUGGGUAUAGGCAUCGGGGUAAAUCCGCUGUUUCUGAUGAUUCCGGCAGCCAUUGCGUGCUCCUUCGCCUUUAUGCUCCCAGUGGCCACUCCGCCUAACGCCAUAGCAUUCGCUCAUGGUAAUCUCUCAGUACUUGAUAUGGUUAAAGCAGGAGUCGUGAUGAACAUCGCGUGUAUCCUGGUAUCCAAUCUUAGUCUCAAUACCUUGGGUGUAUGGAUCUUUGAUGUCAAUACUUUCCCUGCUUGGGCGAAUGUAACAGCAGCUGCAGUACCGACAUAACGCUUGACCGUCCCCAAGUAAUGAUCUUGGUCGUGUUAAUGUGAUGGUAUACAACUUAAUUUUAUUCAACCCAUAACUCAUCAGUGUCUGAUGCUUACAAGUUUUCGAUUAAGAAAGGAUAACUCCAAGCAGAUUCAUCUGGAUAUUCAUUCAAUUAUAUGGAAACAUGCAUUUAAGACUUGUUGUUUAUUUAUAAUUACCAUGGUCAGAGAGUCUGAUGCAACUGGUAGUUGUAUCAUUUUGGUUGGAAGAAAAAAACAUCUGAUCUGUCUGAGAUUCGUUGUGGCAAACAUCAGGUGUGCUUCAAUUUUCUAUCUCAAAACCUAACAACUGACUCUUAACAAGAUUCAAACAGCAGGUAAAGUCGUCAAAAUUAUGCAACAAACACAGUAUUUCUUCCUGAAAGCAAAGGAACAAAACAAACAGCAAAAUCAAAACACAUAAAAUCCCACAGUCGUACAUGUUUACUAAUGCCGGUAUACUGCAUGGUAUAAGUAGUCAUCGCAAUUUUUCUCUUUUAAAGUCCUGUUAAAAGUGACUCGAUGAAAGGGUGAGGGAGUGAAUUUUUAAACACUAUUUUACAACGCAUUUAAAUUGAUUGCUUUCGUUUCUUUAUAGAAUAAUGUAAAUUACAUGACUAUGAAUAAAGGUUGGGCCCAACUGGCUCUUAUAUUUAACCAUUUUAAACGAGUUAUAUUUCAGCCUUUAGCAUUCUGUUGGUCCGCCAAAAAAUAAACAAAUGAAUUUGUUCAUGAGUGCUGAAUGAAAUUCCCAAUCAUUUUCAUUUCAAUCGGUAGACUGAAAGAUGGAUUUGUUUUGUUUACAAACUUUCACCACCACUUAUUGAAAACAGCAAGGAUAUUUGAUGCAUGUUAUCUAGCACAAAACAUGUUCUAGUUGUAGUUAAAGUAAAAAUAAUUUGCUCUUUUUCAUCAAUGGAAAAAAAAUCUUUAUAUCUAAACGCUUGAUUAGCCUUGUAGAAUAUACCUAAACAUCUUUAAGUGAAGGCGGUAUCGUUGUAACAGGAUUCUGAUAUUGUUUUUCACUGUAUAUUUACUUUUAUCACAAAUAAGAUAUUUUUUAUUCGUACAUUUAUCUAUAAAGAUAAGUAUAAAUAUUAUGAAAAUAACAUAUUAUCAUAUAUUGGCAGUGGCGGAUCCAGGGAUGGGCACUGCCGACCUAUU